AUGUCCUGGAGUACCUUCCUCUUGGCUGAAGCAUGGGGUUUCACGGGAGUGGUUGCAGUGUUGUUCUGUGGCAUCACGCAGGCCCAUUAUACAUACAAUAAUUUGUCCACAGAGUCUCAGCAUAGAACUAAACAGUUGUUUGAGCUUCUCAAUUUCUUGGCAGAGAAUUUCAUCUUCUCCUACAUGGGACUGACACUGUUCACCUUCCAGAAUCAUGUCUUUAACCCAACAUUUGUAGUAGGAGCAUUUGUUGCUAUUUUCUUGGGGAGAGCUGCUAAUAUUUACCCCUUGUCCCUCUUACUUAAUUUGGGUAGAAGAAGUAAGAUUGGAUCAAAUUUUCAACACAUGAUGAUGUUUGCUGGCCUUCGUGGUGCAAUGGCAUUUGCCUUGGCCAUUCGAGAUACUGCCACUUAUGCACGACAAAUGAUGUUUAGCACCACACUUCUGAUUGUGUUUUUUACCGUAUGGGUAUUUGGUGGUGGCACCACUGCCAUGCUGUCAUGCUUGCAUAUAAGGGUUGGUGUUGAUUCAGACCAAGAACAUUUGGGUAUUCCUGAAAAUGAAAGAAGAACUACCAAAGCCGAGAGUGCCUGGCUUUUCCGGAUAUGGUACAACUUUGAUCAUAACUAUCUGAAGCCUCUGCUCACGCAUAGUGGGCCUCCUCUCACAACAACGCUCCCUGCCUGCUGUGGACCCAUUGCCAGAUGCCUAACCAGCCCCCAGGCUUAUGAAAACCAAGAGCAAUUGAAAGAUGAUGAUUCUGAUCUUAUUCUCAAUGAUGGUGAUAUUAGUUUGACGUAUGGGGAUUCUACUGUGAGCACUGAAUCAGCAGCAUCUAGUGGCCCAAGGAGAUUUAUGGGCAACAGUUCUGAAGAUGCCUUGGAUCGCGAGCUUGCAUUUGGGGACCAUGAACUGGUCAUUCGGGGAACACGCCUGGUUCUUCCUAUGGAUGAUUCCGAACCCCCAUUAAAUUUGUUAGAUAAUACGAGACACAGUCCAGCCUAA